AUGUUCCAUUGUGGGGGCUUGAGGGCGCACAAUGAUGCAGCUGGACACUACGACGAAAAUGACCCCGAUUUGGCCUGGGACAAGACUAAUUAUGUGGACAGACUCAAGACAAUGCUGAUUUAUCUGAGCGACAUUGACGUCGGCGGGAUCACCGCCUUUACAAAUCUUGGCGUAGCGGUACGUCCAACGAAAGGCUCGGCAUUAUUCUGGAGUAACUAUGCAUCAAAUGCGGAGGACUUGGAUCCCCUAAUUACUCAUGCGGGCUGCCCCGUCCUGCUCGGGAUCAAGAGUUAUGCCACCUUGUGGAUUACCAAGAGCGCCAAUAUGCUCAUGAAGAAAUGUCCACGAAAAUCUUUACACUCAGAGCAAAAUCGCUAA